AUGCACCCCUGGCUGCUUCUGCUCCUGCCCUUGCACGUCCUUGCUAGCAAAGACCGGCUCCUUGGUGUCUCACCUGAUCUGGUUGCCCGCUACGUACCCACCAAGAAGGGCUCAGCGGAGACAUGGCAGUGUCUGGAUGGCUCGAAGACAAUUGACUGGUCCUCGGUUAACGAUGACUACUGCGACUGUGCGGAUGGAAGUGACGAACCAGGAACCAGCGCGUGCCCCGACUCCCGCUUCUACUGCGUGAACGCUGGCCACAUUGGAUCGUAUAUACCCAGUACCAGAGUUAGAGAUGGCCUUUGUGAACUGGAGUGUUGCGACGGAUCGGACGAGCCUGAAGGAGUCUGUCCCAAUGUCUGCAAGCAAGUUGGCGAGGAAUACCGCGAACGUGUGAAGGCCGAGAACAAGCUUCGCAAGACCGGCUCCAAGAUCCGUUCGACCUACCUCGCAUUCGCACAGAAGGAGAAGAAACGUCUGGAGGAAGAGAUUGCUUCGUCGGCGCAGGGGAUCUCUGCUCGCGAGAAGGAGGUUGCACGUCUCAGAGGCACGUCGUUCAGUGGCCCCCUUUGUGUUGCCUCUUCUCACACAGGUUUAGAUCUCGUCGAGAGGACCGAGUCUUUGUCUGCAGCGGCCCUCGAGGAGAAGAAGUCUUCUCCUCUAUACCAGUCUCUUAUAACCCAUCACGCGGCCCUUAAGUCGCUCCAGCGCGAACACAAGAAGCACCUAGAGCGCGAGAAGGCGCUCGGCGAGAUUCUCGACCAGCUUCGCACCGGCUACAACCCCAACUACCAAGACAUGGCUGUCCUGGAGGCUGUCCGUGGAUGGGAGCAGCUCGCUGGCCUUCCUCAUAUCAACGACGUUGGAAAGGAGGACGAAAACCCAGACGAGCUCGGCUCUGACGAGUCCGAGGCUGCUAGUGAGGAAGAGCAGCUUGAGGAAGGCAUUUGGAGCACCGAGCAGCUCGAGCACCAGCUGGACGACCUCCUCGCCACUGACUACGAGGGCUUGCUUAUUGAACACGACAAGCACGUCGGCGCCCCUGCCUCGCCGACCUCGAUUCUGUUCAACUUGUCGGCAUACCUCCCCGAUGCCGUUGUCCCUCAGUAUGAGGCCCUUCGCGACCAGCUUGUCUCCUGGCUUGAGUUGCUCGGCCUUGCUCAGAGCAAGACCGACGCUGCUGCAGAUACGUCUAAGGCACAGAAGACACUUAGCGACGCUGAGCACAGUCUCAAUCUGGCGCGGAGGGAGAAGGAGGACAAAGAGAGAGAACUCUCGCGCCUCUUUGACCCUGAGUGGUACGGUCCGGACGGCGAGUGGAAGAAGCUUGCCGGCACCUGUAUCGAAAAGGAAUUUGGAGACUACGUCUACGAAGUCUGCUUAUUCGACGAGGCCCGUCAGAAGCCGCUCAAGGGUGGUCAGACCUUCAGCUUGGGCAAAUUUGCCGAGUGGAAUAAUGCCGAGGGCAUCGAGAAGGGUUCACCCGCAUAUUAUAGCAAACAACACUACACUCGAGGUGCCAAGUGUUGGAAUGGUCCUCAGCGUUCCGUGACGCUCGACAUGAGCUGCGGUCUGGAGAAUGCUGUGCUUUCAGUCGCGGAGCUUGAGAAAUGCGAGUAUGAGUUCAAGGUGACCACUCCUGCAUUGUGCUUGCCCCUUUCCGCCUCGGACAUCAAGAGGGAAGAGUUAUGAGUAUGUUAUGAAGAGCUUAUAUACACUCUGAGUCUGCAAUGCAUGUUAUUUAAUCUUCAGCUGUCUUAGUCAUCAACUUGGUAGUGCAUAAGGACAUGGAGUCAUACAUUAGCACAUUGUAGUGCUUGCUCUUCUCUAUACAGGAUUUCA